AUGUUAGAAUUAAGUUUCAACAAGGUCAUUGACCAAAUUGUAUCUUCUGGGAAAGUUGAAUCCGUGAAAAUCCUGGAUCUUUCAAAAUUGUUGGAGCUUGCCGCUCUGAUAACAAGCCAUAAUGAAUCUUACCUGGUAAUAAUUUAUGGAUCAUAUUACCGGAUUUGCAUCCAAUCAACUUUGGAUUUUUGUAUGGAACUAUGGCCAGUUAUAGAAAACCAGAAUCCUAACAAUAGAUUCUUUGUCAAACUGCUUCCAGGGUUGAUAAUUCGAAAGUUCUCUAAUAUUUUACUUGAAAAAAUUGGAACACAAAAGAGGUACCGAGCAUUUGCUGGGAGAAUAAAAAUAUUUAUUUCAAAAUGUUACCAAAUUAAUGAUCAUUUUGUGGUAAACCCUAGUGGUGAAAUAAACGCCGAUUUUGAGGAAAAAUAUGAUAUUAAUUAUUAUAAUAGGUUUUCUGAUAAAUAUUAUAGACAAAUUUAUAAUAAUUUUAAAAGAUUACAACGUAUUGUGUCAAAUCCAUUCAAGUAUGCCGAUCAUGAUGAUGUGACAUUAGUAUUUGAGUAUUGGAUUGAAUAUUUGGUGAAGAUGUUGUGCAAAAGUACAAGCACCCAAAUCAUGAGCGGUGAGUUAUUGAUAAAAGAGAAAAUGAAUUGGUACAACAAAAUAAGCGAAAGAUAUGAUGGAAUGUAUUUUCUCAAUGAUUUUAAUCCCAAGUUCAUUGAAUUAAUAUUGAGUGAUCCCAAAUCGGCCAAAGCCUUGCUUUUUGAAAUAUUUCUUGUAUGCCAUUUAUACAAUAUUACUCACAUGCAAAUCAAAGGACAUCUUAAUGAUUUUCUCCUAGAGAAUGAUAGAUCCAAAUUUGAUAGCAAUGUGGCAAAGGAUAUUUUUCAGGGAUUCAAAUUCUCAAAUGGUAGCAGAAAUGAAGAAAUAUGUAAUUUAAUGGGAUUGAUAGAUCACAAAUUUUAUGAAUCAGAAUAA